AUGGGCGCUACGAGCCUCGAACCGGACCAGCUGAGACUGACUGGGGACAGGCAGUUCGACGAUCUGUUCCUGAAGCUCGCGGACAACUUCGCUCUGUUUCGCCUGUCUCUGUCGAACCACACAGCGGGCUUGAAGGACCUCAGCGCUGCCCAGGGCGCGCUGCUCUCGCUGCUCGGGCAGCACGAGUGGGCCGACAGGAAGGAGCCGACGUACGCAGAACGCAUGUUCGAGAAGGUUCCGUGGCCGCGACUCAAGGAAUAUGCCGACCGGCAGCGGAAAACCGGCACCGUCGAUCCAGGAGACAACGUGGAGGUCCGCCACAGCAGCGCACACGAGGCCAUCAGGAUCGCAACGCAGGACUGCGCGGUGCUCGCGCGGUCCCUGCAACGCACCACCGACCAGGCCGAGGCCCUGCUCCUCGACCAGAGCGCUCCGCCGACGGAGGAGCGCGAGCGCCACGGCGGCGGGUCGCGGAUUCGAUUACAAGGUGGUGUGCGUGCGGCGGAGGUGUGCGUGCUGAUGGGCGCUGUCGCGCGCAUGGCGCGGACCGAGGCCGAGAUGCGCGAGCGAGCGUCGCGGGAGGUCGCGGGCCAGUUGGACGUCGACGUGCACGUGCUGGAGAACAUGGCGCGCGCGUGUGCGCUGGACCCGCACGUGGACGAGGACGCGGCGGGGCUGGUGCUGAAGCUCGCCGACGCUGAGCGUCGGCGCAGGAAGGCCGCGGACGAGGAGGCCGCGGCGGCCGCGGCGCGCUCGCCGGCGCGCUAG